AUGCCAUCCUAUGGAAAAUUCUUUAAGGACUUGGUGACAAAGAAGCGGAAGUUCGAGGAUGGAGAGAAGGUGGUUGUGUAUGAGGCUGCAAGUGCAAUGCAACACGAUUUGCCGAAGGUCGACCCAGUCGCGACUCGCGAGUCAACAACUCGCGAGUCGCGAGUCACCUGGGUCGCUGGGGCUGCGCUCUCUGUUAAACUCGCGAGGCGCAAGUUCCGGGUCGCGAGUCGCGCGAUGCUGGACGCUGGCGUGGGGCGCGGUCGCGGGUUGCGGGUUGCCACCUGGGCUGCACUGCACCAUCUUACGUUUUGGCCUCGUUUGAACUCGUCCGAACUCGGAAUUGAGUUCCGUUUUUUUCUAUGCAGGCUCGGUCUUGGGGAGGUGAGGCCGACCCGCAUGUGCCUCCAGUUGGCGGACCGUUCUAUUCGGUAUCCGUUGGGGAUAGUUGAGGAUGUUCUCGUGAAGGUGGGUAAGCUUAUCAUUCUAGUUGAUUUCGUUGUCUUAGACGUUGGAGAUGUUGACGAGAAUGGGAAGGAUCACACCAUCCUUCUCGGGAGACCUUUCAUGGAGACUACGAAUACCCUUAUUGAUGUGAAGAAUGGGACCCUGAAUAUGACUGUUUCGGGGGAGUCGGUGUCUAUUUCCGUUCGAGGAGCCAUGUCUGCCUCCUCGGUGAAUUUUGUAGAAGAGUGUGCCUUCAUUGAUCUAGCCGACCCAUUUGUUGAUGAGAUGUUGGAGAAGGCCACACUUGAGCUUAAGGAGCUGCCCAAGCACCUUAAGUAUGUCUUCUUGGAUGAUGCCAAACAGAAGCCGGUAAUCAUCUUUGCUGAGGAUCAGCCAAAGACGACUUUCACGUGCCCCUCUGGCACCUUCGCGUUCAGACGGAUGCCCUUUGGCCUAUGCAAUACACCGGGUACAUUUCAGAGGUGCAUGUUCUCCAUCUUCUCGGAUAUGCUUGAGAACUGCCUAUAG